GACUGGAUCGAGUUCGAGGAGAUCGCAGACCUGGAGGAGCGAGCUAAGAGUCAGUUCUUUGAGAAGGAGAACGAGGAGGAGGUGCAGAAGAGCCAGGCUGCUGCGAAGGAGAAGGAGUUCCAGAGCGUCAGAGCCACCAAGGACCAAGUGGGAGAGUCAUGUGAAAUCUGUCAGGAAUCCUUUGAGACCUACUGGGUGGAGGAGGAGGAGGACUGGUUCCUGAAGGACGCCAUCAGGGUCGAUGAAAAGAACUUCCACCCGGCCUGCUUCGAGGAUUAUAAAAAUACAUCUUCAUAUCUGGACGUCACGCCUUCGCCCAGCAAGCUGCUGACCGAACACCCACUGGGUGCCUUCAUCAAGGAGGAGGAGGAGGAGACUUCCUGUGAUGUCACCACAGUGAAACAGGAAGUGCAGAGCGAGGUGCCUCUGAAGGAGGAGGCCCAGGAUCAGGAGGAGGUUCAGGUUCAGGAGGUUCUGGACUCGGCCCAGUCGGAGGACAAAGCGUGACGAGCUGCUCCUCUUCGUCCUGCUGAGGAUGAAGAGUUUUUUACCUGUUGAAUACAUUUUGGUAUUUGAUCGUUCGGCCCUUUCAGGCCGGCUCUUCACCGCUGUAAAUGAUUUAAUUUAUAAAUUAAAGUAUUUUUGGUAACUCUGGUCUGACGCUGAUUGAGUUACGCUGACCGGUCCGUUCCUGACGAGCAGUCGCAGGUGUUGAAGGUAAGCAGCAUCUGAUUGGACGACUGAGGACGACGUCUGCUUCAGUUUCCUUCAAUAAAAGAAUCUGAAACAUGUUUGUGUGAAAUUUGAUUCUUUUAUUGUUCUUUAGGUUGAACAAUAAAGUUUCUGUGGAUUUAAA